GAGGCGGCGGUGGCGGAGUGUUAAGCGGUGUGGCGUGCAUCGUAACACCCACUCUUGCUCCGACGACUAUCAAAAUGCAGGAAGCGGCAAGGAGAGCGUCGCUACGCAAGGAGCACACGCCAACAAAUGAAAAGUUUGGAGAUUUGUCAAAGCAGGAUUCGUUGGGAGAAAGAGCGUCUUCAAAACUCACCUUGGAUGAUGAACUCUAUGACAUUCUCUACGCGUUUGGUGAAACCGAUGCAUUCAUCAACAAGGGUGAUAAGCAACGGGAAACUGACGAGGACGGGAAUCCACUGACACGGCAGGCACUUCUCGAGCGUAUUCGGCAGAAAAAGGAGGUUAUUGGAAAACUUCGGUGUCAGGCGUGGAGUAUGACAAGGAAGCGGCGGACAUUGAAACUGGCUCAAAAAUAUCUGGAACAACACGAGUCAAAAGUUUCGCGAAGUCAUCUGUACAUGGAAGAGAUGAGAAAAAGGGCGAGGCUUAUGAAACGGAGUUUUUCAAAUUUUAAAACUUACCUCAUACCUUGGGAGUCGAAAAUCAAACGGAUAGAAAGUCACUUCGGAUCAGUUGUUUCGUCAUAUUUCACAUUUUUGCGAUGGAUUGUUUUUGUGAACAUAAUGAUCACUUUGAUAGCUCUUGUUUUUGUGGUUUUACCAGAGACCCUUGCUGACUCUGUAGCAAAUGAAGGCCGUUUCAACCGAACGAAAACGCGGAAACAAAUUCCAGCCAACGAAAGAGUUCAUGCAGAUGAGUUAGCUGUUGUUUGGCAUUAUGAUGGAUACCUUCGUUACUCACCAUUAUUUUAUGGGUACUACUCCGACGACCCUUUUCUAGGAAACAAGAUUAAAUAUGCUCUACCACUUGCUUAUUUCAUGGUGACACUUACAAUAUUCGCUUACAGUUUCUUUGCAAUCUUGAGGAAAAUGGCUGCCAACGCUAGAAUGUCAAAGUUAUCUGGUAGUAAAGCGGAACAGUAUAUAUUCAAUUGGAAAUUGUUCACCGGAUGGGAUUAUACCAUUGGAAACUCGGAAACUGCUAGUAACACCGUGAUGGCUGUAGUGAUUAAGCUUAGGGAAUCAAUUGCCGAUAUCAAAAAAGAUGCACAUGGAAAAUUUCGACUACUGCAAUUCUCUUUAAGAGUAUUCGCAAACAUCAUAAUUUGUGCGAUGCUUGGCUUCUCAAUCUACUGCAUCAUAUUCGCAGUGCAAAAAUCCCAAGUGCAAGACGACGGAAAUCUAUUCACAAAAAAUCAAGUUCCAUCUGUCGUCUCGACAAUUACACACGUCUUUCCCAUGAUUUUCGAUUUGAUCGGAAAAAUGGAAAAUUAUCAUCCGAGAACCGCGUUGAGAGCUCAUUUGGGCAGAGUCCUAAUUUUGUAUACUGUAAACUACAUCACUUUGAUAUUUGCAUUGUUCGAAAAAAUGACCGCACUUCGAGAUCGUGUCAAUUCAACUUCCACAUCGUCUAGUCACAGAACGAAAAGACAGCAGGGUGGAUGGAAUCCGAAUAUGCAACGACCACCGCCAUAUGCUAGCCGAGCAGAAGUCCGCCAAAUGAGUGAUUUUCUAGCUGCGAACACCAGAAGGUUCCAAACUGUUAGCCAACGUACAACUCGUUCAGUGACUACACCUUUCACUGUUGCACCUCAAUUUGGCCCAUUUAAUGUGAACAAUCCCAAUGCAGUAUUUCACAACGGAACUCAUUCUACCAGUUUUGAAUCGCAGAUUCUUGGACCUAAAGCGUUACCGAUAUUCACACCACCACCGCGGAAAUAUCCAGGAUUUACGCCGGGAAAUGUUGGACAGCAAUUCGGAGGCCCUGACUUUCCUAGAAACCAAGUAUACACAAAAUCGACUCCAUUGCCACGUGUUCGAACAAAACCACCUUGGGUAUACACGACGACGCAUCCACCGUUAGUUCAGAAUCGUGCAAUGACUACAACAAUGAGCAAAUCAGCGAAGAAAGGGAACUCAAAAAAUUUAGAUGAUGAUAUAUUGCUUUCGAACGAGACCAUUCAAAUGUCUGAAGCAGCUCUUCGCCGAAACCACGACGGGCAUAACAAUGACAUAUGUUGGGAAACCAUCAUUGGUCAGGAAAUCGUCAAACUCGUUACUAUGGAUCUCAUUUUUACGAUUCUCUCCAUCCUAGUGAUCGACUUGUUUCGCGGCUUAUGGAUCAAAUACUGCUCGUCAUGGUGGUGCUGGGAUAUUGAGACGACGUUUCCCGAGUAUGGAGAGUUCAAGGUGGCGGAGAAUGUACUGCACAUCAUCAAUAAUCAGGGCAUGAUUUGGCUGGGAUUGUUCUUUGCGCCCUUGCUUCCAGCGAUUAACAAUAUCAAGUUGAUUAUUUUGAUGUACAUUCGAGGAUGGGCAGUGAUGACUUGCAAUGUUCCAGCGAGGGAGAUUUUCAGAGCAAGCAGAUCAAGCAACUUCUACCUUGGAAUUCUUCUCAUCUGGCUGCUCCUCUGUACUCUUCCAGUUGGCUUUGUCAUAGCCUCAAUGAGCCCGUCCCGGUCGUGUGGCCCCUUUGCUCGAUAUCAACAUUUCUACACUGUGGUAACUAGAGAAAUCGAGAAAAGAGUCGACCAAACAGUUCUGUCCUACAUUCGACACAUUGCUUCACCCGGAGUUGUUAUUCCUAUUAUAUUGUUUCUGAUCCUCAUAAUUUAUUUCCUCUUUUCUCUGGUAAGAGGUCUCCGGGAAGCAAACACCGAUCUUCAAGCUCAACUUGUGCACGAACGAACUGAAGAGAAGAAGAAAAUCUUCGAAUUGGCUGGUGGAAAGAAAAAUAAGUUUGAAAAAGAUCGAGAUAAGAAACGAUCAAACGACUAUAUUCCACUGAUUGAACAGCGACGACGUGAGCCAUGGAGGCAGUACCAUGAGAUGGAAGCGGAUCACGCUUUGGCAUCAGAUUCAUCUGAAGAAAGUGACAUCAACGAGGAUGAAGACGACGAACGCCAACCGCUGACUGCAUAUCCAUUAAGAGCAAUUGAAACACCACCAGAGACACUUCAAGUCACUGCGUUCCAUCCAUCACUAGGAUCUCUAAUCGAAAAUCGAGAAAUGGAAGAUGAAGAAAGUGCAAGUGGGGACCAACUACCAAUGAUUCACAAAUCAGUGUCUUUCCAAGGACCCUCUCAUAUGCAAAUGCGGCAGAGUAUCUCAACAGAAAGUUGUAGUCAAAUAUCAAGGAGUGCAAUUCAAGUGGCGACGCCUGAAGAAAUACGAGCAUUGCUCCGACCAUAUCUUGAAGCCAAGUAUGGCAUACCGUAUCAGCAUGGAAUCAAAUCUUUUCCCAUUGACGUGCACACCCCUCCAAAUAACACACCGUCCAGGAGAUCGUCAAAGUAUAAUUCGUUUGUGUCACUUUAUGAGCAUACGAGAGAUGAUCACAAAAACUUCGUUGCGUCGACAAUUAAAGAAACCGACGAAGACCCUGGCAAAUCUGACAAGAAACAAACAUCCAGUAAAGAUGUGGCUCCCGAUUUUAUGCCUUGGCCGUCUGCAGAUGAGGCACGAGCUCUACGAGAAAAGAUGAAAUCCAAAACUCCGCUAAUGCUCACAAAAACAACUGUGGAGGAAAAACCGAAAGGCGGAAAAUCUUCAGAAUCGGAAUUCCGACCGCCUGUACCAAUUCAUAGAAAAUAUAAUAUUCAGACAACGGAGGAAGAAAACGAGGAGGAGGAGACAGACUCAGCUCCGGAAUCUUCCAAAAAACGCUUUAGAAUUUCCGUGUCGCCGACGAAGACUAUAGCUCCAGCAUCUGCAAGCAGAGCUCAACAUAAAAUCGUAUCACAAGCAUCGUCUAGCAGCUCAAUUCCACAUGGACGGCAACCGGAUCCAAACAAGAAAGCGUCGCUUGUUUUGCCGCCGUUAAGAGCCCCACGUGUUCAGUUUGAUGAGGAUGACUCUCCGCGGCAAAUUGAUUGAUUUUUUUUUGUUUUUUUCGAAGAAAUCUUUUGCUCCCUCCGGUGGACUUGCUCCUGGCUGCAGGAAUAUCCGGUUGAAAUAUUUAAUCUAAUUCUAGUUUCAUUUCGUUUUUUUUCUCUUUUUUUGCCAUUUUUAUUUGUGAACAUUCCAUCGAAAAAACUCAUUUUCUGAAACAAAAAUUCACAAAACUCUUUCUAACUGAUCUCUCUGUUUUCUUUUCAUAUAUUUAACUAUUUUAUUCAAUUUCUCAUUUUUCUGUCACUACUACUCUAUUUCUAAAAUACCCGCAAAGUAAGGUACAUUAAAUGAUCUUGAACCCCUUGCAAAACCGUUCCAUUACGUUUUUCCGGAAACUUUUCCUGUUUUCUUCUUUCCUUUUCAAUCAUUUCGGUUCGUUCAUAUCACCUUAAUAAAGCUUGCUUUUAUA